UCCAGCUCACCACUCAUCACUGCAGCCGCCUAUGGCCACCCGUAUCGACGACAUUUCAAAUACCCAGAUAUCGUCCCCGGUUCCACUCUGUUUCUACGUAAAUCCCCGAAACUUCUCUCCCUUGCUGCUGAUACAGGUAUUUAAAAGUUUAUGAGCCAUGGGUGAUGUAAUUGAUUUAAGUGGGGACGGAGGUGUUGUGAAGACAAUUGUAAGGCGAGCCAAAGCGGAUGCACUUCCUCCUUCAGAGGACCUUCCUCUUGUUGAUGUUCAUUAUGAAGGCACUCUAGCUGAAACUGGUGAAGUUUUUGAUACCACUCGUGAAGAUAACUCUAUAUUCUCAUUUGAGAUUGGAAAGGGCACUGUGAUUCAAGCCUGGGAUAUUGCGCUGCGUACGAUGAAGGUAGGAGAGGUUGCAAAAAUCAUUUGUAAACCAGAAUACGCCUAUGGCAGCACAGGCUCUCCACCAGAUAUUCCACCCAAUGCAACACUCAUUUUUGAGGUGGAGUUGGUGACAUGCAGACCCCGUAAGGGAUCUAGUUUGGAAAGCGUUUCAGAGGAGAGGGCCAGGCUUGAUGAUCUAAAGAAGCAGAGGGAGCUUGCUGCUGCAGUGAAAGAGGAAGAGAAGAGGAAGAGAGAAGAAGCAAAAGCUGCAGCUGCUGCUCGUAUGCAAGCCAAGUUAGAAUCCAAGAAGAAUCAGGGGAAGGGAAAGGGAAAAGCUAAAUGAGGCUAUAUGGAGUAAUCUUCCAUAUAUAUUUACUGAGUGACUUUGUUUGUGAGUGUUAAAGUGAUGAAUUCAUCAAACAUAAAAUAGUUGUACCUUGUACCAUCUGUUAUUGUGUGCCAAGUAUUAGUUUGUAUCCGUAAACAUGAAGGUUUCAAUAAGUUGAUUGUUCUUCAGCUUGUAUGAUUGCUUCAAUCAUGCACAUUCA